AUGAAGGAGCCGAUCGCCAUCGUGGGCAUGGCCUGCCGGUUCCCUGGAGACGCCACAGACACAAACAAGCUCUGGGAGCUCAUGAUGGAAGCUCGGAGCGCCCAUUCGGAGGUACCUGCAGCGCGGUUCGAUCAGAAUGCUUUCUACCACCCGGAGAGUAAGAACAAUGGGACGUUCUAUGCUAAAGGGGGCCAUUUUCUUGCCGAAGAUAUAUCCCGGUUCGAUGCUGCAUUUUUUAAUAUCAGCCCGGCCGAAGCAAAGGGGAUGGACCCCCAGUUGCGGAUUCUUCUGGAAGUCUCUUACGAGGCCUUUGAAAACGCCGGCUAUACCCUAAAUCGAUUAAGGGGAAGCAACACGUCUGUAUACACAGCCCAUUACAACAGGGACUACGAGAAGAUGCUCCUCCGAGACCCCGAAAACCUCCCGUUCUAUGCAGCCCUCGGAAACGGCGAAGCGAUGUUGUCCAAUCGUUUAUCAUAUUUCUUUGACUUGAAGGGGCCCUCCUUUACUUUGGACACUGGGUGCAGUGGCAGCAUGAUUGCGCUGCACAAUGCCUGCGCCAGUAUCUGGGCUGGCGAAAGCCAGCAGUCUGUUGUGGCGGCCACGAAUCUGAUCCUAGAUCCAGUAACGAUGGUUGGGCCCAGCUUCAUGCAGUUCUACUCGGACGAUGGCCGCAGCUACUCCUUUGAUUCACGAGCUUGUGGCUAUGGGAGAGGAGAAGGAGCGGCGUGCUUGAUAUUGAAGCCGCUCUCAGAUGCCUUGAGAGACGGCGACAAUAUAAGGUCCAUUGUCCGAAGCUGCGUCGCAAACCAAGAUGGGCGCACGCCAGGCAUCACAAUGCCAGAUUUAAAUGCGCAAAAGGCCCUCAUUCAGAAAGCAUAUGCCGCGGCCGGAGUCGAUCCGAGAGACACGGUGUAUGUUGAAGCCCAUGGCUCUGGGACUGCAGCGGGCGAUCGGAUCGAGAGCAUGGCCCUGGGAGAGACUCUGGGGUCUCAACGCCCUCGGUUUGAUCCUCUUGUGAUGGGCUCUGUGAAAACGAAUAUCGGUCACCUCGAGAACGCCAGCGGCGUUGCUGCACUGGUCAAGGCCGUGCUCGUCAUUGAAAACGGCUGUAUCCCCCCCAGCAUCAAUUUUGAAAGGCCGAGUCCCAACAUCGACUUCAACCGAUGGAACCUGACGGUGGCCACCGAAGCGCAGCCUCUGAAAUACACCGAGUCCCGGCAGGUUUCGGUGAGCAGCUUUGGCUACGGAGGCACAAACUGCCAUAUUAUCCUGGACAAAGCUCCUCCAGUUGCACCUCAAAGAAGCCCUAAAACCCUAAGCGAAUCGCCGUGUUUCCUCUUCCCUUUGUCUGCACGAUCAAAAACCUCCAGCAGCCUCAUGGUUGCUCAGCUCCAAAGAUAUGUCGACAGCAAAGGCCAUUCAUCCGAGUGCGAUUUCCUGAGCUCGCUGGCCCAUACCCUCUGCCACCGAAGAUCGCGAUUCCAAUGGAGAGGGGCGAUUAUCGCAGAGAGCAUAUCUGAAUUACAAGGCUGCUGUACGAGCAGCCUGCCUUUCAGUCACUCUUCUACUGCAUCUCGCCUAGGCUUCGUCUUUACAGGGCAGGGAUCACAAUGGUAUGGAAUGGGCAAAGAACUGCUCCAAACAAGCACGGUGUUCAGAGACUCUAUCCUCGCUGCUGAGCGUCACCUUGUUCGUCUCGGGGCAGAAUGGAAACUGACGGAGGAGCUGCUCAAUAUGCCCGAGAUGUCUUCAUUAGACAAGGCACAAGUCGCACAGCCAGCGUGCACAGCGAUCCAGCUGGGUCUCGUCAAUCUCCUGGCCGCUUGGCACAUCAAACCCUACGCUGUUGUCGGACAUUCCAGCGGCGAAAUCGCGGCCGCUUAUGCUUGCAGCGCGAUUUCGUUUAGUGAUGCUUUGCAUAUCGCCUACUCUCGAGGAGUAUGUACUGCAGGGCUCGCGGGAGACAGAGGGAUACGCGGUGCGAUGCUGGCCGCAGGUCUCAGCCGGACAGCAGCAGAAGGAUACCUCAAGCAGGUUGACCAGCGAUACGGGUCGGCGACGGUUGCUUGCGUCAACAGCCCCCGGUCAGUUACUCUGUCGGGGGACGAAGACGCCAUCGUGCAGCUAAACAAGCUCCUUCAAGCCGACGGGGUGUUUGUCCGACGGCUACCGGUUGAUGUUGCAUACCACUCUCACCAUAUGGCUCGAGUCGCUCAGGAUUAUCGGAAUACCCUGCAAAGCAUUGGCCGACCAGACACCUCUGCGUCUGCCUUGAUGUUCUCCUCCGUUGACGGUCGUCGGGUUGAUGCAGGAUCUCUGGAUGCGGACUACUGGGUGAAGAACUUGGUAUCGCCCGUGCUGUUUUCUCAGGCAUUCGAACAGUUCUGUGGCGCAUUCUCAGACGGCACAGACCAGAGCUUGAUCAUUGAGAUCGGCCCUCACGCCGGCUUGAAAGCGCCAAUCAAGCAAUCUCUGGCGGCGCUGCAGCCUGCAUACACGAGCUUUUCUUAUAGUUCUGCGUUGUCCAGAAACAGGUCAGCCCGGAAGACAACUCUUGAGCUUGCAGGUGAGCUCUUUGCCCACGGCUUUGACCUUGAUCUCGAUAUGGUCAACUUCGAAGGGUCGCCAACCAGACCGACAGCCAUCGCCGAUUUACCACCAUAUCCCUGGGACCACUCCGUGUCUUAUUGGCAUGAGAGCCGCCUCAGCCGUAACUACAGAAACCGGCGUGAUCCUCCACAUGAUCUGCUUGGGGUCGUGGCCCCUGACUCAAGCAUCCUGGAGCCUCGGUGGAGGAAGUAUAUCCGGCUGGCUGAAAUGCCCUGGCUGACGGGCCAUAGAGUCCAGGGCCGCAUAAUAUUCCCAGGAGCCGGUUACCUUUGCAUGGCAUUCGAAGCUGGGGCAUGGCUUUCCGCGCAGACUGGACUCAAGAUCGAUGACAUUGCGUCGGUCAAGCUUUCGAACGUUUCGUACAUCCAGCCGCUCAUUGUUCCGGAGUCUGACGACGCGGUAGAAACAAUCUUUACCAUACGGCCAUCUGGAGCCUAUCGAGGCAGGGACCUGGCUCAUCGUCACGAAUUCCUGGUUUAUUCAUGUCCAGAUGGCACCAAUGUUGUGGACCACUGCCGUGGCUUUCUCUCUAUAUCGCCGAAAGGGUCGAAUUCGGGGCCUCCGCCCUCGAGUUGGGAGAUCGAAGAGGGGGAUAGUAUGUUGUCUGACAUUCAGGUCAGCAAGCUGUAUGACGACCUGAGGAGUCAGGGAAUCGAUUACUCUGGAUGCUUUGCCGGUCUCUCCACGGUCCGUGCCGGGCUUGGGUUAUCUCAAACUGCGGUUGAUGCCUCGAAGGCACAACAGUAUCCGAUCAGCCGGCGAGGAAUAGAAUGCCCCCAUCCGGCCACGCUGGAUGCAUGUCUGCAGAGUGCAUUUCCUGCGAUUAUGGCUGAUCCUACCUGGGGAGGGCCGUUCCUCCUGUCGUCGGUGGAGGAGAUCACCCUAUGGUCUCCGUCCUCAAGCGCGCACCCAACUACGCAACAAACAUAUAACGUGAAUUGUCGGGCGUCAACAAGCGCGCAAGCCUCCUCCCACAGCAGCUGCUUUGCUAUAUCUCCAAGCAACCAGGAUGUCCAGAGCAUCUCGAUUUCGUGCCUCAUCUUCACUAAAAUACAAGCGAGGGCCCAGUCGACGUCCUCGCAGACUGGCACCACUUGCCAGAAAAUCGUCAAGUAUGUGGACCCUCUGUUCCUCAGCACCCCCGAGAUUGAGGAUAUCUGCUAUGCCACAACGGACGACGCCUCAGUUACUGGCCAACUCUCACGGUAUGCUCGCGCCUGUCGCAUUCUGGCCAAAGCGUCUCUGGAGCAGCUCCACGAAAGCGAUGUGGCGAAACUAGAACCUUACCAGGUCGAGUACAUGGGGUGGCUACGCAAAAUAGCAGCUCAGAGUAUGUGCAAAGAGUCUGAAGACCAAGACAGUGACACCCAAUUCCUCGAAACUGUGGAAAAGGAUGGAUGUGUGGGCAGGAUGAUUUGCCGGAUUGGCAAACGCCUUCCACAGAUUCUGAAGGGAGAACAGCAGGCGAUUUCGUUGAUGACAGAAGGCGGUUUGCUGCAUACGCUCUACAGUGAGGAUGAAGGAAUCCAGCGAUGCGCGACACAAGCAGGGCAGUAUGCUCGCCUACUGGGCCUGAAGAAACCGAAUAUGCGCGUCUUGGAAAUCGGUGCUGGAACCGGUGCCGCCACAUUGCCCAUUCUUGAAGCCCUCACCACCGCGAAGAAAAGCCUUUUCCACCAUUACGAUUUCACUGAUAUCUCUGGCGGAUUCUUUCCAAAAGCGAUGGAGAAGUUUGCCCAGUGGAGACAGCACGUGGGCUUCCAAACCCUCAAUAUCGAGAAGCAUCCUGAGGACCAGGGGUUUGAGCUCGGAAUAUACGACCUGGUCAUCGCUGCCAACGUCCUGCAUGCGACAUCCAACAUCGAUCGCACGAUGAAGCACGCGCGGAGCCUUCUGCGGCCAGGGGGCAGUUUUUUGCUGAUUGAAAGUACUCAACCCACAGCUUAUCGGUCAUUCAUCUUCGGCACACUCCCUGGCUGGUGGCUCGGAUCGCUGGAGCGACAAAGAGACCACCCGCUCUUGACUGUGCAUGAAUGGGAUUCACUAUUAAAGGAUACCGGAUUUGAAGGGGUGCAGGCAUGUACACACGCUUACAAGACACCGGGUGAGCAUAUAGACAGCUUCAUGGUCUCCCACGCUAUGCCGGACGAGCAAGGCCCGCCUCUCUUGGUGCUUUCCGAACAACAGCUGCAGGGGGUUAAGGGAAACUUGGGACUGAAAUUGGCCGAGAAGAUGGCCCACGCUCUCUCAAUUCCGACAGGCUCCAUUGUCCAGCUGGGCGAUCCCCGAGUCCAUGGCAGGACGUGCAUCUGCCUGGCGGGCCUGGAAGAGCAGAUCCUGGCUGCAUGCAGUGAGGCGGAUUUCACUGGCAUUCAGAACACCUUCAAGCGUGCAAAGGAGAUCUUCUGGGUCACGCAAGGUGCCAUGGAUAGCUGCACCCACCCGGCGUCCGCCCUGGCUGUGGGUUUACUGCGUGUUCUCCGGCGCGAGAACCAAGGAGUGCGUGCUGUGAGUGUCGACCUCGACCCUGGACCUGGCCACCGGACUCUCCACGAACUGGCUGCCUCACUCCGGCACUUUAUCAGCCGUCAGCACUUCUCACCGGAGGACAAUGAGUGGCUCGAGCGUGGUGGCCGCUGGCUUGUGCCUCGCAUCGUCGAGGACGAUGCCACGACCAAUGUCCUUUCCGGCGACACUGCAUCCUCUGUCACUCUGCGAAACCAGUCAUUCAAAGAGGCGAACCGUUCAUUGCGUCUCGUUGCCAGUCCGUUCAGAACAAUCCAAGACAUGUACUUCGCGGAGAACACUUCUUUCAAUUGUCCCCUCGCUGAUGACGAGGUUGAAAUCGACGUCAAGGCCACCGGGGUCAAUUUCCGUGACCCGCUCAUUGUGCUUGGGGCCCUGGAUGCACCACUAGUAGGAGAAAGUAGCGGGCUCGUUGUCGAUGUUGGAGCCCUGUGUCGAUCUCGUUUCCAGCGCGGUGACCGAGUAUACACCUGCUAUGUCGCUGCACAUGCAAACAGAGUCAGAGCUCAAGGGUCCUUCACGCAUUUGCUUCCUGAGGCCCUCUCCUUUGAGGAAGCUGCCGCGAUACCCAUCAUUUAUGGGACGGCGUACCACUCCCUGGUCGAGGUUGCCCGUCUGAAGCCAGGGGAGUCUGUGUUGGUUCAUGGAGGUGCCGGUGGUGUCGGGGGCGCUGCAAUCACUCUGGCCCAGCACAUUGGAGCCGUGGUCUUCGCAACAGUCGGGACAGAAGCAAAGAGGCGGCAUCUGAUUGACCGUUAUGGGAUUCCCUCUAGCCAUAUAUUCUCCAGCCGGAAUACCGAGUUUGUCCAUGGGAUUCACAGGGUCACUAAGAAUGCAGGCGUCGAUGUAGUCUUGAAUUCCUUGACAGGCCCAUUGCUCCAGGCCUCGAUGGAGGUCCUCGCCAUGUUCGGUCGCUUCGUGGAGUUGGGCAAGAUAGACGCCCUGUCUCACGCACGAUUGGACAUGUCAGUCUUCAAUCGGCACGUCUCAAUCACGUCCGUGGACUUGGGUGCCCUCAGGGACCGCAAGCCCCAGGAGGCCGCCGCAUUGCACUCGCGAGUGCGCGAACUGGUCCAGGCGGGUGUUUUCGUCCCUCCUCCUAUUUCCAUAUACCCCGUUUCCCAAAUAGCGGACGCCUUCCGACAGAUCCAAGCCGGCAAGCAUAUGGGCAAGUUGGUUCUCUCCUUUAGCAAUGACUCGGUGGUCAAGGUUGCACCACCUGUAUCGCGGCAUAGACGUCUGAAGGCGAAUGCAACCUACCUGCUCAUCGGAGGCCAGGGUGGCCUGGGCCGUGAAAUCUGUCGCUGGAUGGCCAACAAUGGAGCAAAGCAUCUCGUCGUUCUUUCUCCGUCAGGCGCCACAAAGCCGGCGAUUCAAAGGCUCAUUAACGACCUCGCCGCUGUUGGCACCGAGCUUCGUGCAAUUGCCUGUGACGUUGGAAACGAGGAGCAGCUUCAAUCUGCGCUGUCUGAUUGCCAGAAUGAACUCCCUCCUAUACAAGGCGUCGUCUACGCCGCGGUUUCUCUGAGAGACAUGGCCUUUGAACGUAUGACGCGGCAGGACUAUCUGCAUGUCUUGGGCUCCAAAAUGACGGGCCUUCAACUGCUCCAUGUAGCACUUCAGCAGCAGCCACUGGACUUCUUCGUGAUCCUCUCCUCUUAUACUGGCUUGGUUGGAAACCCUGGCCAGUCCAACUAUGCAGCAGCUUCCACGUACCAAGAUGCCUUCGCUCGCUGGAGAACGGCCCAAGGAUUCCCAACCAGGUCCAUUGAUCUGGGUAUCAUUCAGGACGCCGGAUAUGUGUUCGAGAAUCCAGCAUCGACAGAACAUCUCCGCAAGUCGGGGAUCAAGGCUGUCCCGCUAGAUACACUUCUAGCUCUAUUCGAGCAUUGCGUGUAUUCUCCUGCUCGAGAUUCCUCUUCAAGCCAGAUUGCCAUCGGAUGGAGCCCUGAGAUGGCAGAAAAUAUCGACAAUUCACUGUUCUCGCAGCUGAUAUCUUCCAAGGCAGGCUCUCCCGACAGCAGUGGCUUGCUGGGUAGUCCUGAUCAGUUGCUGGAAGCGGCACUUCAUUCCACUAGACCACGGAACGAAGUGGUAUCUCAACUGGAGACUACCAUCUGCCAGUAUGUUUCCAGAGUGCUGGGAGUCCCCAUCGAAGACGUGGAUCCGCUCCAGUCCAUGUCCCGCCAUGGUGGGGAUUCCCUGGUGCUGGCUGAAUUCAGGAACUGGCUUCAGAAAGGCGUCGGUGCUCCUAUGCUAAUGAACAAAGACCUGGGACAGCUUCCUCUCCGAGAACUGGCAGAGAUGGCCGUGGACUGCGUCAGGGAGCAACCGACGAGCGCCAUUACGCGCCAAACGUCGCCGGCCAGCAACAUGGAUAUAUCUCUCCAGAGUCAGCGUUUGGUCAAGCAAGCCCCGUCUGCCGCGCUGCCUUCUUUGCCCCUGCCAACGCUCGAGGAAACCGUUCAGCGCUAUCUGCAGACUGUUCGUCCACUUGUCUCAGCCUCGGAGUUUGCAGCGACCUCCCAGAAAGCAAAGGAUUUCCUGCAUCCCACCGGCCCGGCCUGGAGGCUACAGAGGAAGCUCCAAGACAAGAAGGAUAACCCGAAGAUCCCUAACUGGCUUGAUGGAAUCUACGCAGAAGUGCGUUAUUUGCGUGACCGGCGACCACUCGUCCCAUUCAGCAGCUACUUCGGCAGCCACAAGAUCCACGGCUUGGAUUCAUCAGACCAGGGCUCGCCUGCAGUGCGCGCCGCUAUCAUUUCCUGGUCAGCGUUUCGGUUCAAAACGCAGUAUGAACAUGGCGAUCUGCCUUGCGAUACUAUCAACGAGCAACCCCUCUGCAUGGACAGCUACCGAUGGCUCUUCAACGCGUGCCGAGUGCCUGGUCUCAAGGAGGAUGUCCCCGCCAAGUGGCCAUCGCAGGGGGUUUUGAUCGCAAUGAGAAACGGGCAUAUGUACAAGAUCCCACUUUCAGUGGACGGAAAGCCUGCCACGAUCGAGCAGCUCGCCGGGGCAUUCAACCAAGUCAUCCGCAUGGCCGACUCAAAACGCGUCUCUCGCGUUGGUGUCUUGACUAACGGCGAUCGUGAUGUCUGGAGCAGGAAUCGGGAUACCUUGCGCGGGCUCAGCGACAAUAAUGCAUCCUCUCUCCAGGAUAUCGAGAGCGCUGACUUCGUCGUCUGUCUGGACCGAGCCAGGCCGCAGACAGCGGAUGAGCGUGUGUCCCAUCUGUGGAGCGCCACCGAGUCAAACCGCUGGCACGACAAGCCAAUGCAAUUCAUUGUCUUCGACAACGGCGUCUCUGGUUCUAUUCUCGAACACUCCAAAGUGGACGGCAUCGCCACUCGACAUCUACAUACUCAUGUCAUUCACGCCAUCCAAGACCCCCCGCCGCGUCAGCCGGAUGUAGCAUCGAGCUUUCCGGAUCCAACGCCUGUCCUGAUCUGUACCAACGAGGAGCUCGACGCACAGAUGGAAACCAUUCCCAAAGCGCUGCGCACCCGGCUCCAGAACCUCCGAGUCAAGGUCCUGGAUCUUGAUCAGUUCGGCACGCAGCUUAGCCGCGACCACCGCCUCAACCCUAACGCCUUUGCCAAUAUGGUUGUCCAGCUGGCCUUCUAUAAACUAUACAAUAAACCCGUACCAACUGUUGAACCGGUCACCAUGAGCACUUACUUUCAGGGUCGCCUCGAUUUCUGCCGGGUUGUAACCGACGAAGUGGUCGCCUUCUGUCAAGCCAUGGAGCAGCACCCCCGUGAUCCGAAGAAAUGCCAGUUGUUGUUCCAAGGCGCGGUGAGGAAGCAUGUCAGUCAGGUUGCUGCCGCUGGAAAGGGAGAAGGGUUUGAUAUGCAUUUUCUGGCACUGAAGGACGUAGCCCGUGAGUGUCAGGAGGUUCCCAGUCUCUUCGCAGAUUCAGUGUUUGAGUACAGCCGCAGUGGCAUGGUCAGCAUGGCGACCUUGCCCGCCCAGGUCUGCGAGAUUGGAACGCAUCCUAUCAAGCAGGAUGGAUGGCGUGUUGUUUUUAUAUUGCAGGAGAAAAGGUAA